UUGUCUUACUAUAAUAUAACCCCAAAAAUUUAUGUUAAACCUAACUUAUUUAUAUAUUAUAAAUAACGUUAUCUAAUUUAACCCUUUUUAUGUAUAAGGUUUAUAUAUAAAAGAAUAUCAGAUAAUAUAUGUUAAAAAUGUUCGGUAUCCGUACAGCAUUAUCUAAAACUAUUGCUAAUGGUCCAAAUUUAUUACAUCAACAAACAAGGAAUACAUUUAUUUUGAAGAGAAGAUGGCCUCCACCACUGCAUAAGCAAGGAGGGAAGCCCGCCAAAUUAAAAGCAAGACAUUUUAUUUAUGAUUUAGUUGAGGACACUUGUGUAUCUAAAAAACAGGAUGUCCAAAUCAUCUUAAACCAAUUUGUUGAAGGUGUUGGUAAUACUGGUGAUCUACUCACCCUUCGUCCCACUAUUGCCUACAGAGACUUUCUUAUGCCUGGCUUAGCUGUAUAUGCCAGUCCAGAAAACAUUUCAAAGUUCAAAGUUGAAGAAAAUAAACCCAAAGUGGAAGCAGAAUUCAGUUCACCGUAUGCUCAGAGGACUGUGGGAUGUUUGUCGAGAUUAGUGUUGCAAAUCACAAUGAGUAAAACAAAUCCAUGGACUCUAGAGCCCUGGCAUGUUAAGACAUCAUUUAGAAAGGCAGGAUUUGUUGUUCCGGAACAUGCAAUAACAAUGCCGCCAGUAAAAAUAUCUGGUCCCGAUCUAGAAUUGCAGGAAAAAGAAUUUUAUGUUACCGUUAAAGUCAAUAAUAAGGAACAGGUUAAUGUAAGAUGCAGAAUACAUCAUUGGGCUACAGGACUAGAAAGACUAGCAUGGCAAAAAGAACAUUGGAAGAAACCCAUGCAAGCUCUUAUCCCAGAACAGGCGGCCAUUUUGGAAAGUAUGCCCUUACCACAAUAGAUACUAGACACAGGAAGCUAUUGUAGUUGUUUGUCAGUAAUAAAGUAAAUAAAAAAACCUU